GGAGCCGGGCUCGCUCGUUCUGCCUUCCCCGGAGAGUUUUCCGAGCGGGGGCGGCCGGGCCGGCUCUGCCCUCGGCGCUGCCGGCGUUUUGGCCGCUCGGUGCCGCCGCCGAGCGCUCCGCCGGGGGAGGGCGGCGCGAAGGAGCGAGGGAAGCGGCCGCGCGAAUCGGUUUUUCUCCGUAUCCGGCUCCGGGCAGAGGCGGCGACCAUAGCGGGGAGGAGGGGAAAGGGGGAAAAGCGGCUCCGCGGCGGCAGCGCGGGGAUCCUCUGUCACUUGGCAGCCGAGGUGCUGAAGAGUCGGCGGACCCGGAGCUGCUGCUCGCAGACACGACGCCGAGGAGUCCGCCCACCCCCUCCUCGCCCCCCACCCUCCUGGAGAGACGCGAUCUCGGUGCCAAAUGCGCGGUGGGGUGAGACUUUUGCCGAUCCCCCCCCGCUCGUAAAUAGCCAGAAAGCGGAAGGAGCGGCACCGCCGAGCAGCGGCUGCGGCAGAGGGGAGGGGGACCGCGGCGCUGCUCUGCUGCAGCCCGGCGGCUGAUGGCGGAGUUCGGUGGCGGCGGCGGCGGGGGGCUGCCCGGCUCCCCGGGGCCGCUGCAGGGCAAGGUGGCCUUCAGGGCGGCCGACGGGGACGGCGGAGGCGGCGGUGGGAGAGUCCGCUUUGACAGCGCCGGCGGCCGCGUCUCCAACGGGGACUGCGCGCUGGCGGGGGCCGGUGAGGAGCCGGGAUCCGCGCCCCCAGGAAGCCCCGAGAACAGCGGCAAGGAGAAAGGGUUUCCCGGCGGGCAGCUGAGGGAGGGCAAGCCCGGCAUCCCCCGGAGGAGCAGCAUCAUUAAGGAUGGUACAAAACAAAAACGAGAACGGAAAAAGACUGUGUCGUUCAGCAGUAUGCCAACUGAGAAGAAGAUCAGCAGUGCAAGUGACUGUAUAAAUGCAAUGGUUGAAGGCUCUGAGCUAAAAAAGAUUCGAUCCAAUUCCAGGGUGUAUCACCGAUAUUUUCUCUUAGAUGCAGAUAUGCAAUCUCUACGCUGGGAACCUUCAAAAAAGGAUUCCGAAAAAGCUAAAAUUGACAUCAAGUCGAUCAAAGAAGUAAGAACAGGAAAAAAUACAGAUAUUUUUCGCAGCAAUGGAAUAUAUGACCAGAUAUCAGAAGACUGUGCGUUUUCAAUCAUAUAUGGAGAAAACUAUGAGUCACUAGAUCUUGUUGCUAACUCAGCAGAUAUUGCAAAUGUUUGGGUUACUGGCUUAAGAUACCUGAUUUCUUAUGGAAAACACACUCUAGACAUGAUAGAAAGUUCUCAAGAUAAUAUGCGGACUUCAUGGCUUUCACAAAUGUUCAGUGAAUCAGAUGUCGAUAAUUUAGGACAUAUACCCCUGUGUAAUGCUGUACAGUUUAUAAAGGACUUAAAUCCUGGUUUAAAAACUAAUAAAAUUGAAUUAAAAUUCAAGGAAUUACAUAGAUCCAAGGAAAAAACUGGUACUGAAGUAACAAAAGAAGAGUUUAUUGAAGUUUUUCAUGAGCUUUGUACUCGACCUGAAAUCUAUUUCCUGUUGGUUCAGUUUUCAAGCAAUAAAGAGUUCCUAGAUACCAAGGACCUCAUGAUGUUUUUAGAAGCAGAACAGGGUAUGGCACAUGUCACAGAAGAAAUAAGCCUUGAAAUUAUUCAGAAAUAUGAGCCAGCAAAAGAGGGCCAGGAAAAGGGUUGGCUUUCUAUAGAUGGGUUUACGAAUUACCUUACUUCACCAGACUGCCACAUAUUUGACCCAGAACACAAAAAAGUUUGUCAAGAUAUGAAACAGCCAUUAUCUCAUUAUUUUAUAAAUUCAUCUCAUAAUACGUACUUGAUAGAGGAUCAGUUUCGGGGGCCUUCUGACAUCACAGGUUAUAUUCGUGCUCUUAAAAUGGGUUGUCGAAGUGUUGAAUUGGAUGUUUGGGAUGGUCCAGAUAAUGAGCCUGUGAUUUACACGGGACAUACCAUGACUUCUCAGAUUGUCUUCCGUAGUGUGAUUGACAUUAUUAACAAGUAUGCAUUUUUUGCUUCAGAGUACCCUCUUAUUUUGUGUUUAGAAAAUCAUUGUUCUAUUAAACAGCAGAAAGUGAUGGUACAACACAUGAAGAAAAUUUUGGGGGACAAACUACAUACUCAGUCUCCAAACAUUGAAGACUCUUAUCUUCCGUCACCGGAAUCACUUAAAGGAAAAAUACUAAUUAAAGCAAAAAAGCUUUCUUCAAAUUGUUCUGGACUAGAAGGAGAUGUUACAGAUGAAGAUGAAGGGGCAGAAAUGUCACAGAGAGUGGGGAAGGAGGGUGUAGAACAACAAAACUCUUUGACUGGGAAACGAUUUCAGCUUUGCAAAGAGCUCUCUGAGUUGGUAAGCAUAUGUAAAUCAGUUCAGUUCAAAGAGUUUCAAGUUUCAUUUCAGCUCCAGAAGUACUGGGAAGUGUGCUCAUUUAAUGAAGUGCUUGCUAGCAAAUAUGCCAAUGAAAACCCGGGAGACUUUGUAAAUUAUAACAAACGUUUUCUUGCCAGGGUUUUUCCCAGCCCUAUGAGGAUCGACUCUAGUAAUAUGAAUCCCCAGGAUUUUUGGAAAUGUGGUUGUCAGAUAGUAGCAAUGAACUUUCAGACACCUGGAUUAAUGAUGGAUCUUAACAUUGGUUGGUUUCGACAAAAUGGAAACUGUGGCUAUGUCCUUCGUCCUGCUAUCAUGAGAGAAGAAGUAUCUUUCUUUAGUGCAAACACAAAAGACACUGUGCCUGGAGUUUCACCUCAGCUGCUUCAUAUUAAAAUCAUUAGUGGGCAAAACUUUCCUAAACCCAAAGGAUCAGGUGCCAAAGGUGAUGUUGUGGAUCCGUACGUCUAUGUCGAAAUACAUGGAAUCCCUGCUGACUGUGCCGAGCAAAGGACAAAAACUAUGCAUCAGAAUGGUGAUAACCCAAUUUUUGAUGAAAGUUUUGAAUUUCAAAUAAAUUUACCAGAACUAGCAAUGGUGCGUUUUGUAGUGCUGGAUGAUGAUUACAUUGGGGAUGAAUUUAUCGGGCAGUACACUAUUCCCUUUGAGUGUCUACAGACUGGUUAUCGACAUGUUCCUCUUCAGUCUUUAACUGGUGAAAUGUUAGCACAUGCUUCCUUGUUCGUGCACGUGGCCAUUACUAAUCGAAGGGGUGGUGGGAAACCUCAUAAACGGGGCCUCUCUGUGAGGAAGGGCAAGAAAUCACGGGAGUAUGCUUCUGUGAGAACACUGUGGAUUAAAACAAUAGAUGAAGUGUUCAAGAAUGCUCUACAACCUAUACGAGAUGCCACGGAUUUGAGAGAAAAUAUGCAGAAUGCAGUAGUCUCAUUCAAAGAAUUAUGUGGCCUCUCUCCUGUAGCAAAUCUUAUGCAGUGCAUUUUGGCAGUGUCUACACGCUUGGUUGGGCCUGAUAGUACACCCUUGGUAGUACUGAAUCUCAAUGAUCAGUAUCCGACUAUGGAGCUCCAAGGGAUAGUUCCAGAGGUCUUGAAAAAGAUUGUAACAGCAUAUGACAUGAUGAUUCAGACCAUCCGGACUCUAGUUGAAAAUGCAGAUAGCUUAUAUGAUAAGAUAGUACAAUGUCAGAAAGCAGCAAUGGAGUUUCAUGAAAACCUGCACAAUAUAGGAGCAAGAGAAGGCUUAAAAGAAAGAAAACUGCAAAAAUCAGUAGAAAGUUUUACGUGGAAUAUUACAAUUUUAAAGGGACAAGCUGAUCUUCUCAAAUAUGCUAAAAAUGAAGCACUGGAGAAUCUGAAACAAAUCCAUUAUGCCACUCUUUCCUGUGGACUCAAUAAGCCAGGCACUGAAAAUGCUGAAAUCUCAAAGCCCCGUCGGAGCCUGGAGGUCAUACCUGAAAAAGCAGGUGAUGAAAAUGGAGAAUGAGAGAACUCUCGUCUCGUGAUUAUGGAGUUUAUAACUCUGUGACCAAUUGUAGCUGCAUAGGACAUUUGCUUUGCACUUACUGUUGAAAAAUAUUUGGAAUCUUCAAAGCACAACUGGAGAAGCUAAUUACAAUCUAUUGAAACUGUGAAUGUAUGUAGCAACUCUGCUUGUGAAGGCAAUGAUAUUGUGUAACACGGAAAUUACGUUAUUGGCCAAAACGUAGUAUGUAUGUAAAAGAUACUGUAAUUCAGUAAUAGCGUGCUGAAGGGUUUAUUAUAGUGCCAUAGGGAAGUGAAUGUUUUUUAAACGAGCUGUGAUUAAAAAAUGGUUGGCAGAAUGUGACGAGAUGCCUUGAUUUUCAAACAGAUAGAUGUGCGGGUUCUCUGUUUCUUUGCACAGUUCCAUAAUUGUGCCAGCGAGGUGAAUUACUGUGCACCUAACCUUUGAAAACUGGGUCUGAAAAAGUGGGAUCCACAUGUUUCACACUAUAUGUAAUUCAGCCGCUCAGAUAUUUGGAUUUGAAGUGUUAUUGAUUUUAUUGUUGAGCCAUAAAUUAAAACGAGAAUGUAAUCAGACAGUGAUCACUGACUUCAGUGCACUAUAGGAGAGCCAUUAUGUAAAAGGAAAAUGUGCAAUCAAUCUGAUAGCUUAUGUCAGAAAAAAAAAAAAAAAAAGAUUCAUACCUAUUUUGCCUAAGACCUUCUGCGAACGUGUGUAGAUAAUGUGACCAAACCGCAAGCAAAAUGUUGUAAAUAGUUUUUCAUUCUGUGAAGUGAAGUGCUCAUCUUAAAAAGUUUUAUGAGAUCGCUCCUAGACAAGUAAAGCUUUUAACUAAAUUUUACCUUUUUUAUUUCUCAAGUAUUUUCUUCCUGGCGGAAUACGCAGAUUUGUCAAAACAAAAUCUGUUCUGGUUCUGUUUGUUUGGUUUUAUGACGACAUUAGGUAAAGUAUUGUAGCUGAUAUGCUCAUUGUAAAAUGACUAUACCGACCUAGAGUGUUCUCUUACUGUUUCUGAUUUAACAAUAAAAUGGACUAUAUGAUUACAGAAGCUAAUAAAUUUGAAGAAAAACAAGCAAAAUCCUA